AUGAACUCAUCACACGAGGCAGACGAGCACCUUGCCACUAAACCACAGAAGUUACAUAAUCAAGGCAUAUUACGACUUCCAAUAGCUUUGGCUAGACAGACAGUCUCCAACUCCUACACCGACUAUAGUAUGGACUUGGCUUGGCAUUUAUCUUAUAAAGAUGAGGCUCAUAAGCAUCCUGAUCAUGCCUACCAAGUUGACCAUCUAUGGACCAAUAUAAGUAUUCCUCAUUGCUCGUACUCUGUGGCCAAUGCGCAGCGAUAUGGCUUCCAAACGAGCACUUCGACGUCUCCAACACUAGCAGAGUCCCGUAGGUACUUUUUCACCAAUGUAUAUUCGAUACUAACAGAAGUUCUGACAGUUAAAUCAUCUCCUUCUCAAAGUAUAGAAGAUCUCAAGUUGGAGAGUCCUUACACGCAACUCCACACAAGCGCUGGUACCAGGAGUGCCAGCACGGAGCCGACUCGCUAUCACUCUUUCUCUGCAGCAUUCGAUGCAUCAUCUGCAAGAGAUCGACAUACCAAUGAAAGAUCAUCAGCAGCCGUUAUGGCCAUCUUUCUUGCAACUUUAUCCGCCGCUCUACUCUCCUACUCGAACGAUAUAAUAUCGAACAGAGGUUUCGACAAAUCGGGUGACCCGUUUAUUACUGGAGGAUUCAUGGUUGCUAUUUCCCUCUGUAUGGGGGCGGCACUUUCUAGCUACCUUCCUACAAGUGGCCUCUUUACAUCUCGACACAUGAUGCUCCUGGAUAGACUCAAAGCAAAGGCAUCUUCUCGUUCAAAUGGGAUACUAGACGGUCCCCUACACUCAGAGGCCCUCCCAGCUCUCUCGCACAAACGAACCACCCGCUCUCUACCAAUGAUACCGAGAAUGUUCACCCAUUCAUCUCCCGAGCACUUUGAAUAUAGCUCUUCAUCCCAAUUCGAAGUUCCUCUGACGCCAGAAGAGCUAUCUGUCAUUCAUAGGUUCGAACAAGGCGUGUCGGUCUGUCAAUGGGUCGGCGAAUCCUUCCUCUGUCUCGGGUUCUGCGUCAUGUUCGGGACCCUCGUCAUCCUCUCAUGGACGGAACAAAAAACGGGGAUAGCAUUGCUCAUUACUAUCCUACUGAGUUUGUUGGUGGUGAUCGUGCUAGGGGUGUUUUGGAUGACAGCUACGUCGCAUAUGAACCUUUUAAUCGACUAUAGACAUCAGUCCAAAAGUAGAUUGCGAGGCCAACACCCCUCGUCCGAAAUUGUUUAG